AUGGCAACGGCGUCGCGACUUAUGGCAAGGCUCGACCGCAACGGCCGGCGUGUGCUGCAUGACGUUGUCCUUCUGCGCGAGUACGGUGAGCUGGGCGCAAUCGAGCUUGAGCCGGACAGGUCGACGGCGGUGUACUACAUGCCGCAUCAUGCAGUAUUCAAGGCCGAAUCCACGACGACGAAGACGCUCGUCGUUUUCAAUGCGUCCGCGUCACAGGCCGGCUGUGAGUCGUUGAACGCUCUGCUGGACCCGGGCCAGUUGUUACGACCGAGCUUGGCAGGCUUGCUGAUUCGGUUCCGGGAACAGCCGGUUGCCGUGCAAGCCGACAUCAGGAAGGCCUUCUUUAUGAUCGGUAUAAAGGAGGCCGACCGGCGCUAUCUCUGA